AUGCCACCAGGAAUACCCGUACGACUUCUUAACGAAGCCCAGGGGCAUGUAGUGUCUAUAGAACUACAAAACGGUGAUACAUACCGUGGGAAACUUUUUGAAAAUGAAGAUAACAUGAACUCGACUUUAUUAGACGUAUCAAUAAUAAAUGGAAAAGAUGGCUCAGUAACACAUAUGGAACAAGUGUUUAUUAGAGGCAGUAUGAUUCGGUUUAUCAGUCUUCCUGAUAUUUUGAGAAACGCCCCAAUGUUCUAUAUGAAGCCCGGUGAUAAGCCAAAGCCACCUAUCAGAGGACCACCACUCAAAAAAAAAAAGUACUAA